UCCAGCAGGAGAUAUUGGAAAACGCUCGGUUUUGACGCACACCUCAACGACAGGGCGGAUAAGGUACGGCGGUACGCUGUAUGAGAAAAGGGGCGUCGAUGGUGCGGUACGGGUAUUGCCCAUAUACUGUAUACGGAUGUCGUAUAAGAGGAUGAUGACCUAGGGCAGGUGUCCUGGCAAAUUUGGCCUACUCAUAAAGGUCCCGUACAAAUAUGGCCGUAAAAAUCGAAUUCCGACCACCGACGGUACAUGGGCCCGUGUAUACAGUACCCGUAUUCUACUAUAUGUACUGGUACUGUGGGCAUCCCUACUCGAUAGAUUUCGACGCGGAAAUGUUUGCUGGAGCUCGCGAUAUGAUCGAUAUCCUGCUAGUUUUCACCGGUCUUUUUUCUGCGGUACUUGUUCAAACAUCGCAAAACACGCAGCCGGAUUACAACCAGACCUCUGCACUACUUGAGUUCGCAAAGCUACUAUGUCGAAUGGAUCGAAGCCCACUAUCCUACUUUCUCUCUCUUAUCCGUCCAUUCUGCCCUUAUAACGUUUCGUUAACGUUCCACGCCCGCUGCCCAAACCGCUUCCUGAACGACGCCCUGCUAUGUCAUCCGUGGCUUCACUCGCUUCGAAGCAAAGAGCACCUUCACAGACAGAGGCAUCAAGGCUGGCGAGGAGACUAUUCAUUCGUGCUCGGGAUCAUGUCUAUUGAGCGUGAUCUUAAACACCUUGAAACCUCUUCCCAGUGAAUGUAGUGCUAUAUUCGUGGCAUCUCUUCAGCAGCAGACAGAACGUCUUGGACCUCUCGUGCCAUCUCCUGUCGCAGAAACGGAGUUGGAACUCUACUUUUAGAGCAUUGCAGCUUGUCGUUAAGCAUCACGGCAUACUUCAGCGUUUACG